AGCUGCUUCCGGUAGCAGAGUUUGCAGGACUUGCGGCCGUGACUGGGAAUGGGAUUGUGACUCCAGGCUGCUCUUCUCGCGGAACAAUGGAUGAGUUCCAUCCCUUCAUCGAAGCCCUUCUCCCUCACGUCCGUGCUUUCUCGUACACAUGGUUCAACCUGCAGGCUCGGAAACGCAAGUACUUCAAGAAACACGAGAAGCGUAUGUCCAAGGAUGAGGAGAGGGUGGUCAAGGACGAGCUUCUCGGAGAAAAGCCUGAAAUCAAGCAGAAGUGGGCAUCCCGGCUCCUGGCAAAAUUGCGGAAAGAUAUCCGGCCUGAAUUCAGGGAGGAUUUCGUGCUGACCAUCACUGGCAAGAAAGCUCCGUGUUGCGUCCUUUCCAAUCCCGACCAGAAAGGCAAAAUCCGUCGGAUCGAUUGCUUGAGACAGGCAGACAAGGUCUGGAGGUUAGACCUGGUAAUGGUCAUACUGUUCAAGGGGACUCCCUUAGAAAGUACUGAUGGUGAGCGGCUGGUGAAGUCACCUCAGUGCAGUAACCAAGGCCUGUGCGUUCAGCCACACCACAUUGGAGUUUCUGUAAAGGAACUUGACUUAUAUUUGGCCUAUUUUGUACACAACCCAGAGUCAGGACAAUCUGAGAGCUCGAACCAGCAAGGAGACGCAGAUGUCAAACCACCACCCAAUGGGCAUUUGAAUUUUCAAGACUGUUUUAUCACAUCGGGAGUCUUUAGUGUUACAGAACUUGUGAGAGUGUCUCAAACCCCUGUUGCCGCUGCUACAGGACCCAGCUUCAACCUGGCGGACCUGGAAAGCCCUGGUUACUACAGCAUCAACCAGGUGCCCCUGGGCAGGCGCAGCAUCACUACACCCCCCUCAACCAGUUCCACCAAGCGACACAAGUCCAUCGAGGACAGUGAGAUGGGAGAGCCCGGUGGAUGAGUCUUCUACUCGGGCACUGGGCGUUCACCGGCUGCUGGCAGCAGUCAGAGUGCUGGAUGGCCCAACGAUGUGGACACAUCACCUACUUCUUUAAAGAAGUCAACAAAACAUGAGUUUGGCAGUGGGACGCCUUCACAAACUGUCUCCUCGCGAAUGGCGUUCACACAUCACCCCCUGCCCGUGAUUGCAGGGACUAGGCCAGGAAGCCCUCGAGCUCCAGCCUCUGCGAUCCACUUCCCAUCAUCCUCCAUCAUCCAGCAGCCAAGCCCUUACUUUGCCCACCCAACCAUCCGCUACCACCAUCAUACCAGCCAAGACCCCCUGAAAGAGUUUGUCCAGCUGAUCUGCUCCGACAGUUCCAGCCAGGCCACAGGACAGCCAAAUGGCGGCAGCCAGGGCAAGGUCACGGGGUCAUUUCUGCUGCCGCCUCCACCACCUAUGGCCAGACCGGUCCCCCUACCAAUGUCUGACCCAAAAUCAACCAGCGCAUCCCCGGAGGGAGGAGCUACGUCACCCACCUCACCCUCAUACUCAACGCCCAGCUCCUCAUCUGCAAACCGGUUUGUCAGCAUUGGACCACGGGAUGGGAACUUUGUAAAUAUCCCGCAGCAGUCACAGUCUUGGUUCCUCUGAUAGGUUCAAGUCUUUUCCCAUUGGCCAGCGACAAGACCACCUGAUACCUUCCUUGACACAAGUAAAAUUGGCAGAGAGAGAGAGAGAGAGAGAGAGAGAGAGAGAGAGGGAGAGAGAGAGAGAGAGAGAGAGAGAGAGAGAGGGCGGGAGGGAUAUUCUAUCAUCGCUGAACACUGGGAACUGUAAACAAAACCACCAACCGUCUGGGACAACUCACACGUUCAAGGAAGAGAAAAAAAAACAGUUCAGAAUGAUAUCUCCAGCCAUAGGAAUCAAUUUGUCCACUCAGAUUGGCAUCUAACGCCAUCACACAUUUUGCAGUGUAAUGUGGCUUUGAGUUUGGUGGGAGCAUCACUUGUUUGCAUUUAAUAAGGACUGUGAUUUUAACCUGUUUAACCAGUAUUAAGAGCAAAGAGUGAAGGUUACAAUGGACUUAUAGUGCACCAGAAAGAUGGUACAUGAUCAAACCCAGAAUUAACCUUUUUUUUAAAGAAAUAACACUACAACCUACAAUGCAAAUGCGAUAUUAUCUUUUUAAGUGCCUCUUGUUGACUACACGUAAAAUGCAUUAAAGGCUGCAUAAAUGUAUUCAAAUAUUUAUAAAUAUAUAUAAACUAUAGAAGAAUAAACCCAACUAGUUAUUCCACCCUCACUUACCCCACCAAAAUGUGCUACAGCCUCUCAAACCCUAUUCUACAUCGGACAGUCUUGGCCAUUAAUGAAAGUGAUCUGGAUAUUGUUUUCCCCACACUGUGCUGUGGAGGGGUGAGAGAGAACCAGCAGCCUCUGACCUCACGCUGAUGUCUGGUCCUCCGAGAUACCCCCUCCCACUGUUUCCAUCACUGGCCUGAGGUCUCGAUCUCAACGCCCGCUGUGUUGUGACCGCUGCCUCUCCAAAGUCGGAUGCUUGCGACCGGGCCAGACCGCCCAAGUCCACUUUGUGCCUCGUUAGCUACAGCGAGGGCUCCACUCGUUGACCGAGUGCCAACAUUGCCCUUGCCACCACUGCAGAGUCCAGCAGCCCUCCCCCUACCUUUGGGCGUCUGCCUGUACUGAGGUGGGGGCAGGGCUAGAUGGCUAAAAUGUUAGGGGGGGGGGGUGAGUGCAUGAAGAACGAAUAGGUUGGAGAACAAUUAACAUGUUACAUGGAGACGGGCCACAGGAUGGGAUCCAACUGAACACACAGAUAGGUGAUCGUUUCAGCAUUGUCCAAUGACUUUCUUGUCCUUAAGGUGUAAAUGAUACUUCCACCAAAUGUAAAGCCUAAUCAGCAAGUCCACAAUUACUGGGUAACUGUACACAUUACAAUAUGUGAAAGGAGAGAUGCUCAUCAACACAGCUCUUGUGCCAUCAUAGCUUGGCAUAGUCCACAAUCCAGAGGUUGGAGACAUCUCAGCCCAUUCCCACACCCUUCUGAUCUGGAUCCAGAUGGCAGAACUGAACUAUCUGGCAGAAAAUGGGGAGGCAGGGGUGCAUGGAACAGAGGGAGUGGGGGAGAUGUCAGCCGUAUGCUUUGGUGAGGCUCUUCACCAAUACUGGGCAGUGCUCCCAAUGCGUUAGUUCAUUCACUAACGACGUUACGUAGUUGGUUCAUUUGCACACUGAAUUGUAAUUGGUCGAAGGUCAUAGUGAUGUAACACGGGAUUCCACCACAGACUUGUUUGCAUUCAUUAUUCGCAGGGUCUUACCCUGCCCUCCCCAGCCUGCCCCCCCCCCCCCCCACCGCCCCUCUGUGCUCCAACCCGUUCCUGCACCCACUCCAGGCACAUCCAUCCUCCCCCACCCCCACACACCUUCUCUCUCCUCCCAGAGACUGCUCCAACUCUGCCCUCCUUCCAUUCCCUUAUAAUCCCACCCUACGUAGCUGGCACACUCUUCAUUCCUUGCACCCCCACGCCUCUCCCCUCGCCCCUUCCCAUGCCUCCACUCCUUCCACCCACUUGCUCUCACAUCAUCCCUUCAAUCCCCACAUUGUACUCGCAGCCCACUCUUCCUUCCAAGUCCCUCCCUCCCCCUCCCUGCCAAACCCCCAUCCCUGCUCUCCCCCACUCUUUUUCACCGUUAUUCCACACAGGGUUGCUGUGACCUGGAAGCUCUGCUCGGAAGGAUGGAGGAGAGAGAUCUGAGAAGGAAAUGGAUAAAAUCUUGAGGGAGAAAAGUAUGCCGAGCUGAGCACCCACUUGGAGGGCUCUGCCAAAGAACAGGCAUGGGUCCGAUGGGCUGAAUGAGCUCCUUGAAUACCAUUCCAUGACUUGGGCUGGUCAUCGGAUGCAGGACAGUAACUGGGCUCAAACUUGGUCAACCGAGAAAGAGUUUGGACGCUCAAUUUGCUGGGGUGGCUCUGAUUGGUUCACUCUUAUCAGAAUGAAUCACAACCUGUCCAGAAAAGUUAAAGGGAGGUUAGAGACCCAAUGGUGACAUUAUUGUCCCCUGUGACCACCUGACUAUAAUACAGACAGUCCUUCCUCACUCACACGGAUGACUUUGUGGUUCCACAUAGAGCCUGUAUAGAAUACAGCACAGAAACAGGCCCUUCGGCCCACCAUGUCUGUGCUGAACAUGAUGCCGAAUUAAACUAACUAUCUUCUGCCCGUACAUGAUCCACAUCCCUCCACUCCCUUCACCUUAAAUACCACUAUCAUAUCUGCCUCCACCACCACCCCUGGCAGCGUUCCAGGCACCCACCACUCUGUGUAAAUAAUUGCCCCGCACAUCUCCUAUAAACUUUCCCCCUCUCACCUUAAAGCUAUGCCCUCUAGUAUUUGACAUUUCUAUUCUGGGGAAAAGAUUCUGAAUGUCUACCCUAUCUAUGCCUCUCAUAGUCUUAUAAACUUCGAUCAGGUCUUAUAGGGAUGUCUUGCUGAGAGUUAUGGGUCGAUGAAAUCACCGGGGACCGAUAAUUCCAGUUUACAGUUCCCUCUCCAAAUGACAUCAGCUAAUUAAAGUUGCCGCGAGAUUGAACCUGCUUGAGAAAAUACAACCAGUGUGUUUGCUGGGCCAGUUCACUCACAGUUAUUCGUCAGGUUACUAUGGUAACAAAGUAGGAGAUAGUUCACAAACAGCAAACACAACGAAAGGAAUCUCAGCACAGGAGUGUUCCUUAGGUAUGCCCUAAUUCUGAUAUCCUGACCUCAAAUUUAUCUAAUCCUAACCAUGUGAGUGGAAUCAGUGUUACUGACAGUCAUUGAGUGACCCAACAACUCAGUAACCAGACACGGUAACUCCACAGUAACCACAGUCUAAUUCAGUGUUGCAAGCGGCUUUGAGCUUUUUGUUCGGGGCUUGGGAUCAGGAAGCUGGGACAAUGUACUUGGCGUUGAUGCCAAGGAGAUGGAAAUGGAUGGAAAUGGUACAGGUCAGUUAGUGAGAUGAGCAUCUCUCAAGUUCAAAAAAGAGAAACAAAAGCAUUUCUAGAUAUAACACUGCAUCUGAACUAGAUAGGCUUUGUAAAGACACAAGAAUCAUCACUGUUAGGGAUUUUUUCCUGCUUGCAUUCUGGGUAGUGAUAGUUUUGGCUUUGCUUUCUGGUUUAUCGCUUAAAAAAAAAGAAAAAAAAAUCUGGUUAAAAUUCUUGCAGAUUUAACAAACGCAGAGGCUACCUGUUUCAGGCCAAGCGGCCGUUAUUCUGGUUCAUAUUAAGCACAGCAGUGCAAAAGCUCACCCUCAACAAUUAAAGAGACAGUGUCCCCUUUUGUUUUCUUUCUGUUCUUUCCUCAGGCCGGCUCCUACCUUUAAAGUGCCGGUAGGAAAACCAUGUGAUUUGACAAGGGCUCCCACCCCUCAGUGCCCCCGUCCACUCCCUCCCUCCUUCCCUCAUACCUUUUUGCUCCUAACUGAUGGUGAGGGCAGCAGGGAAAGGAAGGCAAUGUCUUGGGCUCUGACCUGUGAGCUGGCCAUGAGCUCUCUGCAAGGUCGCUAGGCUGCAGUGUGGGACGCUCAGUCUACUUCUUGCGAGGUUUGGUGACACUUUCAGAAUCCCUUUGGCCCACAGUCCAGUGACUGCCCCCAUCAACCCACUCCCUACCCCUGGAUCUGUGCCUCCUGCCCAGAUUGGCUGCGAGCUCAGGUGGCCUUGAGAAGAAUUGAGAGAAAUACUGCAGCCUAGUGCGAUCCAGUCAUUUCCUCCUUCCAAGAGGUGUGGGCAUUAUCACUAACCCACUCCCGCCCUGCCGUCAGACGGUCCUCAGCUCGUCCACCAGCUGACAGCACAUCACCCCCCACCGCCCCCCCUUGAAGAGUCCACAGGACGGAUGAACAGAAGGUCCCUGUUAGAAUUGGGCAGAGAGGAGUGGAGAAACAGAGGUCGAUCUCGGCUCCUGCAGUUCUCAUUCCCCCUUGGGAUUGCCACGUCCAGAUUUCCCCGCUCCCCCCCUCCCCCUCCCACCACGUUCCAAGACUGCUGAGGAGCUGGGUUGGGAAUGGGUUGCAGUGACUGGCAAAGCCUUGUCUCUUUUCCCUACUGCAACAUGGAAGCAGCAAAACCCAUCAGGCUGUCUGACCAUUGAAGAGCCCCUCCACACUCCCUCCCUGCCCCUGGACACUCCUCCAGCCUCCCAACUGCCAAGUUCUGCUCUGGGAAAGGAGAAUCUUCCCCAUCCAAUUAAAUGUCCACUCUCACUCCUAGCUAAUAGUAGCUCUCACCCCCUUGCCAGGGAAGCUUCGAAGCGAUUGCAGAUCGGAUGUUGUGCUUACUUAAGUUUGUGAAACCUUUGGGAUACUAUGUGCAAAGACGGACAAAAGGGAUAAUGUCUCUCCAUGCAACUCAGAUAAAAGACUGUAAUGCCGACUGACAAAUUGGCCAAAGUUUAGCCAACGAUGCCAGCCUACACCACCCCACAGUUACCUCUCCAUUCAGUCAGCUAAAGUGGUCCAGACAACAAGGAAUCUCAAAGCAAGAGUCCACUCCAUUGAGUAGGAGUGGAGAUGGCAGUGGGUGAGAUGGACUUCUGUCACAUGUGACCAAAUGCCUCCUCAUUGUUUCCAUCCCCCCAUCAUACCCUGAAAAAUGCCCUGAAGACUAAUGAGUUAAUAUUGUAUGCCCGGUUAUUAGUGUAAAGCUUUGGCAACCUACAAGGGGAACACAAAUUAAAUGAGGUGCCAGAGGGGGUUGGAUUGGAAUGUUUCACAGGGACUUUCAUGGUUGACCUGUGACAAUUGGCUGGGGGCUCUGGCUCACUGGCAGUGAGAAGACCUCUGCCCUGAGAAACUUGUGUAUUUCCUGUUUAAACCAUAAUUGUCCAGGGUCAGGUUGACAGGGAGCAGUCAUCCAAUCAUAUUGCUGCCCUUGAGGGGAAAAUUUUGAGGAUGCUUUUCAGCUUAUUUUUUUCAAUAAACGGUUUUAUGUCCAAACCGACAACUCAUGUCCAGUCACCCAGAGGUGGGAAGAGAGGCCAUAAGUGAGAUUGCUAAUAAAUCCCAUUAUUUCUUUUCAUUAUGAUUAUGCAGAACUUUCACUUGCCUUUUGGGACGUCCCAAAACACCUUGCACCACAUGAAGACCUCUUGAAGUGCAGUCACCCUUGUUUUAAUUUCUGGGGUUUCCCUUCCGCUCCUGCUAGCUCUGACACAGAGCGUGGCUGACGUGGAACCACCUUCAUGCUGAAACUGGGUGCUGGGAGGGUCACUGGUCUCCCAGUUUCCUGCAGAAAGACUUUGGCCUCUUCCUAUUUGUCCCAGGAGGUUUCACUCAACCUCUGAGGCUGGUGUUUUAGGAAGGAAAUAGGUAUGGCCGUGGCUGCUUUUUGAGGCUCAGUGUUUCACGAUCUUUCAGGCAAGCAAUGCUUUGUCUGAAUAGCCAGGAAAUUCCAGAUGGCUGGACUCUUUCCCGGAGCAUCCUGCUUCCCCACACCUGGAAUUUGUCCACCUACAUGUCCACCUUUCACCAACUGGGACAGACUCUUUCUUGCCUCAGUGGAUGAAUGGUUGUCAAUCAAAGAGCCUUGUUUAUUGAACCCAUCCACAUAAAAAUCUUCCAAAAAAAAUCACCAUUUGUCUAAAGGCCCCCAUUAAUUUUUUCCCAGCUGCGAACUGGAGAUGUCUUGGGUGAGGUAGACAACUUCCAAGACUACCCUGAGGGUUGAUUGGUUGAGUGCACAAUGCUGGAACAUCUAUACAUUUCUCAGUGGUUAUUACAGUCUUUGCCUCACACUAUAUUAGCCACUUUCACCAUAGCAAUCUCUCACACACAAAAAAAAAUUGAAAAAAACAGAAAAAAAACCAGCUGCUUAAAGAGGAACAAUGCCUGGUGACAGAAAACUGUUCUUGACUCAGUAGAUACACAAAGAGGGAAUGAUGUGUAAACUAGGUAGGAAACCUACUGGAGAAACCUACAUUACAUGAUAAUCUGUUCAGUAGGCAUCCACACAAAACCGUAGAAAAGCCGUUAUCCCAGGAUGAUUGGAUGCAAUGGGUUCCAAUAGCACCAUAUUCUAUGGGGAUUCUUCUCUGCAAGGCAUAUAUUGGUACCCAAAUGAGAUUUGCCUUCAGUCAGAGAAUGUACCCUCAAACAUCACAUUAGAAGUGAUUUCAGUGAACUAGGGUGUACUGCCUCGAAUGUAUCAAUAGAGAUGAUUUCAGUUUAUAAGGAAAAGUGCCCUCAAAUUAUGUCAGUUCUGGGAUAACAUUGGCUGUCCAUUGGUUUCCCAUCUGGUUCCAUCUGUACACCUCCAUUUCAUUCAGUAAACAACAAACCCACUGCUUCAGCACUAGGGUGAUUGCGCAAAACCUUUUUUUUGUUAAAUUUAAAAAAAAGCAAUCUAAAAAGGAAAACUUAUGAAGGCCAGCCUGCUUUUUAUUUGUGACGGAGAUUUGACAAGUAUUUUGUCAAAGGGAAAAAAAAUAACAGUUCUCGAUUGAAACCAAGUGCAAUGCAUUGGAUAGUUUGUAUGUUAGAGAUUGUUGAAAAAAAGAGAAAUUUUUUUUCUAUUUUUUUUUAAAAAGGUCUGCCUUUUUUUUAAAAGUCCUUGCUCCUUGGGACUCUAAACAGAAAAGGAGCGAUUCUUUCCCAGCCUUUAUAAGUGUGGGGAGCUAAUGUAAUUCUCCUUAUUUUCUUUUGUGUUUUUAUUUUUUUAUUAUGAAUGAAUCUGUACCCCUUGGGGAGGGCUGAAGGAGAGAAUUAAAAAAAACAGAUAAUUAUAAAUAAAAUGGUGCUUUUUACGAUAUAAAGUACAUUCAAUUCUAUGAUUACAGUAUAUAGGUAAUGAAACAAUUAAUUGUUAUGGACUCUCACUGUAGGAAAAAAAGAAAUUCACUAUUGUUUAUCUUUUAUUAUUCCUUUUGGAACAUGUCUCUCUCUCUAGGCUGAGAUAUACAGUGUAGUACUAAUGAAGUUUGGUGUUCCCUGUUUAAUCGCUUUCCAUGGCAAUGGAGUUCAGUAUCAUAUAUGUUAAUCUAUGGGUUUCUGUGAUGUGACAGAAUGCAGUAAUCAUAUGUUAUCUCAUUGUCUUAACCUCACAUGGUAUCCAUGCCGAUCUCUUCAGCUUAUCCAUCAAACAGCUACAUAAUUUUAAAAAAAUUGUAAUGUUCAAAAAAAAUGUUUUAAGAGAAAAAAAAUCCGAGCAAGGGAAAAACUAGUCCUUACUACCAUGUUUAUUGGCGUGCUUAAGGAUGAAAGAGGGUGGGAGGUGUCAGGCAGAGGAUAGUGCAUCUCUGCUGCUUGAUUUGAUUGUGUAAAAGGGGUACGAGGCCCCCAUCGAGCUCCCCCCACUGCCUCCUCCCAUUCCCACCCCAGCUACAGAUACUGAGGAUUGUUGGGUGAGGCAUUAGGCAUCUGGUUGGCAACGCAGGGUGCUUCUUGAAUUGGGAGUUGGAGACGGGGCCUGCUUAAUCAUUUCACUGUGGCAUUAAGUGAGGAGAAGUUUCAUCCCAUCCACUCAAGGUAUCAGAUGGUUGCCUCUUGUGGGUAUGGCUUCACUUCUUAAGUCCUUUCCCCAACGUCACGGUCUCCCACUCCAUGCUCCAACCCUGGUGGAUAUCCCACCUCCUUUACAUCCUCGCCAGGAGAAUGAGAGAGAAACCUUCUGGGCUUCACUUUUCCUUGUGAAUCAAACCCCUAUCCACAAGGCCAAAGUUGGGAACUCAAUUUCCUACCCCUUCCAUCUUUCCCAAAUGUAUAAAAGACUCUUAUGCCAGCUUUGGCUAAGCUGGGAUCACUGCCACUUUUAUCAUAACGUUGUGGGUUCAAUUCUCACUGCCCAGACUUGAGCAUAAAAAUCUAGGUCGACACCCCGGUGCAGUACUGAGGGAGGGCAACACUGUCAGAGGCACUGGCUUCUAGACGAGAUGUUAAACUGAAGCCCCAUUUGCCCUCACAGAUAACUGUAAAACAUUCCUUCCAAAAAAAGCAAGGGAGUUCUCCCUGGUAUCCUGGCCAAUAUUUAUCCACAAUCAAUCCCCUUGCUGUUUGUAGGAGCUUACUGUGCAUAAGUUGACUGUUUCGUUCCCUGUAUUACAGCAAUGACUGGCUGAUACACAUUUUUGAUUGUCCUGGGGUCAUGAAGUGUGUGAGAAUCUUUCACUCCACACAGCAACAUGGAGGGUGUAAUGGCACAGUGAAAGGAUUAGGUCUUGGAGGAAUAAACAGGCAUGUCUUCCAAGUCACACAUUCAAAAUCAUAUUGAGCAGGGGUUGUUUGUGAAUAUUAUGAUCCGAAAGGUGCCUGGAUUGGGACAGAAAAUUGUCUUUGAUCAGUGGGGCUAAACAGGCGCAAGAGGAUUGGCAGCUCUCCCCUUUUGAUACAAAGUCAAUGAAACAGGGUUGGGAUGGAGACAAGGCUCGGCUACUGCUCCCACACCUACUCAUUGCUAACAACCAAUGAGGUGUUUUUAUUUGAAGUAUUCUAAAUCCUCGAAGAGUGUGGCAGGUGAGACUUAAAAGGGGGAGAGAGUCUAGAACGUUAGUUGAAGUUGAAUCUAUUCCUGUAAUUAAGCCUUAAUCUGAACUACGACUAUGCAAUUAUUGGAGGAUUUCAGCACCUUGGUGUUAGUUACAGACCAGAAUAAACACAAUGCCUUUGGUUGGCUUCACAGUGAGUGUGGUGUUCAGAGGCUGACUGUCUGUGUUGAGGGGGAGUUGUGUUUGGAGGGUUGUGAGUGGGGAUGUGGGGAGGGGUUGUUUUGUGGCAAAAGGGUUAGCACCUUCAGCUGAGGCUUCCAGACAGUGCAGCCAGGGGCAAGCAUGCCAGCUACUGUAGCCAGCCCAGUGUGCCUCACCCAUGGAGUGGUUAGCCCUGGAUUUACAGUGGGAGUUGGGAGACCAGGGGUUAGGUUGGAGGGAGCAGGAGGCCAAGGAGAGCAACUGGGGGUUAAAUGUGACCACCUCUCAGUUUGGUUGUUGGAGGGUUUCUGCCACGGGCAGAUCACGUUGGCAUCUACGGGGACUUCGCUCCCACCGAGCCUUCUGUGCCUAGUUACCACAGAUGUGGCAGGGAGCCCACUCCACUGAGGGUUGCCUCACACAGCUCCAGGGGCCUGUGAACUGGCAGACCUCCCUUUUAAUGAACACUUCUCACAUCACACUCAGGGAGUUCAAGCAGCCGGCAAACUGCUAUCUCCCUCCAGGUGGUGCGAUCAUUUAGCUGGGCUGUGUGACCUAGAGUGCAGAAUGCAGACCGCCCCUCCCAGAGCACAGUGCUCGAGACAUCCCCAGACCCAGCGUCAGACGUUAGGCGGGUUCUGUGGCUGGUAUGCUCUCAUGCCUGUGGUCAGGCUAGACCAGACCUGGGCCAGUUCUACAGGGGCUGCUGGGCCAGAGGAGGGGGGAAUGUCUGGAUGGCUGGAGGGAUAGGGAGCAAGAGGAAUGGGAUGCAAUCAACAGCUCUGCACCCAAAUCUGGUCCUAGUGUUGGUGUUUGCUUCAACUGGCCUCCCUGUCCCUGCCCCUUCCCCCCACCCCCCUUCACGUUGUGGGGUGGACACCAUGUAUGGGAUUCACUGAUGGGUCAGUGAGGAAGAGAGUGGGCACAAGAGUCAGGGAGGAGAGGAGAAUCCAACGUAUGCCAACCCACCCUCCCUACCUACAAGUGGCUAUUGGUCAUGGAUACCCAUGGAGGGGAAGAGAGAGGACAUCAAAAGUACAAAAAUUAAAAAAAAAGGAUAUUGGGGCUUCUAAACAAAUUGUCCUCAUAACCAACAUUUCCCUAAUAGAGCAAACUGCUAGACGUGUGCUCUCCCAGAAACCCCUGUGCACGCCUAUAUCUAUGGUCUAAUGCAUGUUUAAUUACAAUUUCUUUCUCCAUAAUAAAACAAUUUUAUAGAGCAACACUUGUUUAACUGAUUGAAUAAAAAAGAUGUUCUUGACUGUAUUAAA